AUGUCGGAAGUCAGCUACAAAACUGGUGACAUCAUUCCCAAUUUUUCGCCUUUUCACACUGCGCAGCAGUAUCUGCGAUUCUUGAAUGUUGCCAAGUUGGCCGUUAACAAUUUCCGCGGCUCGAUGCAGAUCUUCAACGAGCUUGUUGUUCCGACAUUCGAAGCGAAGAUGCUCAAAUUUGAUCCAACAUGGCGCUCCGGUCGGUCGAAAGAACUUACACCUUGGCAGUCAGCCUUCAAAGCCGGAUGGCACAAACUUUUGCUUCGCACUCUAGGAUCAGAUGCCGGGGCUUAUACCACAGAUCUCUCGAUGUGGACAUGCUCGUGUGACCAACAAAAAUACAACGCGUUCUUGCUCUGCAAGCACCUUGUACAAGGGGUUCAACCUCCAGAUCCUAAAUUUUUCCGACAGGUCUACUGCCGCAGGGUUUCGCCAUUCUAUCAGCACGAGCUUCUAAAGCCAAAGGACAGUUCAAGAAUUGAUCAGACAAAGCUCGUUCCCUCCGAGAUGGCCGGGGACUUCGACGCAGAGGCCAUUGCUGGCUCAAACGGCAGAGCGAGUCCAAACCCGGCACGCGGCGCUAAAAGGAGCCGAUCUGGCGCCGCCGUCAAUGCUCCGGCUGGAUCGGGAGAUGCUACUGAGGAUCCAAUUCCUGUUUCCUCAUCGCCUCCGCGAGCUCAGCCGGCGGUGCGGCCUGAUGAAGAAUAUAACGAUCUCGAUGAGCUGGAAGAAUAUGGCCGGAAGCUCGUUGAAGAUCUGCAUCGAGCCGCGGAAAUUGUUAACGGCCAACUUGGCAACAUUCAAGAAUCGCAGAUACUGCUGCGCAGUGUGAAAAGGCGAAAAAUUGGGAAUGAUGUCACCAGUUUUGUAGCUGACUUCCGACAUGCAAAUGAAACAGGUCAGCUGAGGAGCUGCUGCGAGAAGGAUGCCAAAGCAGCACGGGAGAAACGUACUAAGCAGCGGCCUAACGGCAGCGAACCUGAUCAUGCACGUGACGAAGGACAUGAUGAGGACGCUUCUGAUUUUAUUGAUGCAGAAGCAAUGCCGCUAGCUGUAUUCUUGGAUGUCCUGUCAAAGAACAAAGACACACAUCAUUUAAUUGGCCUUGUGGAUAUCAGUUCGUUGCUCAACGAUCCCGAACUUCCGCAAUCCGAAUCAGAUGAACUUGAUUGCAAGCCAGUGGUUGAUCGUAUCGCCUCUCUUAUCUGGGAACGGACAGAAUACCGGUUCCUUUAUCUCAAUUCUCGUUCAAUCAAACACACAAAUACAACUCGGUUUUUGUACAGUUGUGCGCAGAUUGUGUCCCGGCAGCACAAGCCAAAGAAGUCUGCGGAUCCAGCUAAGCGCCGGGACAAGGGUCAGAUGGACACCUUUGAGUGUGAAGGGUACCUCACAAUCUGGGCCGGAAAUGGUGAGACCCAGUAUUUUGUGCGGUAUGCCCAUCAAGAUCUCCACGUCACAUACAAAUGCAUCGAUCUUCCCGAAGACAUCAAAAGUCUUGUGAGAGAUCGGGCAAGGACAGUCCGUGUUCCCGAGAUCUGGAAGGAGAUCCUCACGAAGCAUCCCCAGCCGCUUUUCAGUCAAGAGCAGGUGUACAAUUUAUGGCUGAAAUAUCACCGGAUCAGCUGGCAUCGAGACGACGAUGAAGAGAAAUCAGCCAGGCUGCUCAUUGAGGAAUUCCGGCGCAAUAAUCCCAGAUUUGGUGCUCAUAUCGAAUCAAUUCCUUUGCCCAAGAAUGAAGACACAUGCACUGCGAUCGCGUUCGCCCUUCCGACUCUGAUCCGUAAGUGGGGAGGAGGAAUCUCCGAGAUUGCGCUCGAUUCAACAUGGAAGACAAACAAAGCCGGUUAUGAGUGUUUUGCUCUACUUGGGGAAGUAUUUGGUUCGGGCUUGCCGCUCGCAAUUCUUCUCAUCAAAUCAAAAAAUCCGGAACCCGGGGCAAAAGAAAAGUAUCUGCGGUCACUCAUCCGGAACAUCACAGAGACGUGGAAAAUAAAGCCAAUUCAAUCUCUGAGUGACAAGGACAUUACCGAAAUCAACGCGUUCCUAGCCGAGUUGCCUGCAGACACAAAACAUCAACUUUGUUUCUGGCAUGGUAUUCGGGUUGUUCGCGGACGUCUUUCUGUCCUGGCCCGUCGUCCUGCAGUCUAUCAUGCAGAUGAAGCUUCCGAAGAAUUUCCUUUCAUUGAUUCACGGUUCUUGCCGAUUGCACAGAUGGACCCUUCAGAAUGUACAAAGGCCGGUUACUUCAAAAAAAUCGACGCUGUAAUCCCCACUCUACAAAUCCGUCUCGAUAAACAACUGCUUUCCCGCGCACCUGCGCGGCCCAAAGUUGUGAUUCAAGCUGAUGGACAUGUUCGCGAUGUUCUCCAGAGUCUGGAAAGUCCCGAGGACAUUCUAGAUGUUAUGGAUGAUGAAGACGAAUUUAUAGACGAUUUGGGAGAAGAUCUGAGUGCUGUGGACCGACUCGAAGCGGCAGAAUCGUGGCUUGAACCCGGCGAAGACGCAAAUGCAUCUGUGUUUGCCACCACAUCAACAUAUGUGUUUUGCCCCGCUGCACAUAGGCGCCAAAUUCUACACAUGUUCAUCCGUCACGGAUGUCUUCACCCCCUACUUCCGGAUCGCAAUGGCAAUCUGCGCGAUAAGGAUGACAUCCGGCACGACUGUGUAUUUGAAGCGUAUCAAUUUUGCAAGCAGCGUGGACUUCGGGAGGUCUGGGCCUAUUUAUGGGAGGCGUGGUAUUGCCCUACAAAGUGGAAGCUCUGGGCGCGCUCUUCUCAGCCUAAUUUCAUCGGCCGAUGGCGUACAACAAUGGCCGUGGAAAACUUUUGGAGGAAUUUGAAGCAUCGCACUCUGCACAAUUUUCUCCAUCCACGACUUGAUCAACUCAUUUACCUCAUCGUUACAGAUGUCGUGCCUAGGUUCGAAGCCAGCAUGCUCAAAUUUGACCCCAUGUGGCGUCUCGGCCGAUCGAAAGAACUCACACCAUGGCAAUCGGCGUUCAAAGCGGAUUGGAAGAAACUUUCGACUCGAUCGCUGGGCAAUAAUGCUGCGCAGACACAUGUAACAGAUCUAUCCAGCUGGACAUGUUCAUGUGGGCAGCAGAAGUACAACGCAUUCUUGUUGUGCAAACAUUUGGUGCAAGCUGUGCAACCUCCCGAUGGGAAGUUCUUCCGGGAGGUGUAUCGACGGCGCGUCAUACCGUUUUAUUGGCACCCAUCUCUCAGGGCCAUGGAUGGGUCUCCAAUUGAUGAUGCAAAGUUUAGCCCAUCGAAAUUGGCGGGAGAUGUUGUAGACGAUCCCGAGCUUCGCAGCAACAGUGGCACAGUUACCCGGAAAUCGAAACGAGGUGUAAAGCGCCUUCGAUCACCGUCGCAGCCUGCCGAUGCAGGAACAGUUUCAGUUGGACAAACAAUCGACAGCAUGGGGGAUGAUUUUGAUGAUCUCAUUGCCCGUUCUUCAUCGCCGCAGCCCUCAGAAGCUUCAGUUCGACCAGAUGAAGAAUUUGAUGAUUCCGAUGAUCUUGAGGAAUACGCACAAAACCUGAUCUCCGACUUGAAGAAGGGUGUAGACAUUCUCGAAAAUCAAAUGCGGAACAUUGGCGAAUCAAAGCUUCUCCUUCGAUCUCUGAAGCGUCGAAAAGUUGGUCAAGACAUCGCAAACUUUGUGGCUGACUUUCGUCACUCGAGUGAAACGGGCCGGGUGCGGAGGACUACCUGGGGUCUCAAUGGAGGCUCGAAAGCUCGAAGAUACAGCAGUAAUACUAUGGGCUCAAGUGAGGGCUAG